AUGGCUUCAGAAAAGGACUAUGACGAAGUGCCCGGGCUGCCUGCAAGUGCAGCAGGUGCAGCAAACUAUCUUCACAGCGGGGGCAGGCAAUGCUCUGCAGGCAGCUGUCGCAUCCAUAGUGCGCCGGCCCCUCGACGAGGUUCCAAACUUUCUCGAAGAUCCAGCUGGCUACGACAAGGCCUGCCAGACCUGGCUGGCGACACAGCGAAUGACCUGGCGAAAGAUUUCACUGGACUCGGCAUAGUGAAGAUGGACGACUUCCGACGGAUGCCGCAGGUUGUGUGGGGAAGCUUUGUGUGCUGCGUGGGACAUCCCCACGUGGCGAUCAUGGGCAUGUGGUCGUGGCGCGGGCUUGCGACGCGGGGUUCGAUUUGCUCCACGACCCCUACCCUGGCGAGUUGGCCGCCGACAUGCUCCAGCCUCCCUUUGUGUGGGCGGCUGUCAUCGAGGCUGAAUCGGCAUAGGCUUUGCGACGGAAAAAGCGCUAGAAUGUCUGGCGAAGUUGCUGGAAAUCGCGGGGCGACCCCAGCUGGUCGUUGCGAGAGCUUCCAGGCCUUAGGUAGCUUUGCGAUGCUUUGCAACAUGUUUUGGGCAUCUUUGCUUCUGCACUUCUGCACGUCAGCCCCAGCUUGCGCGCCCAGCUUCAUGGACUUACUCGUAGCUUGCGUCUUGCGUGUAUGGUGUGUCACAAGGGGAUCACACUUGCGCACGGUUCAUUUCCAAGCUCUGAUCUCUGGAAGUUCGUUUUUUAAUACCGGGUGCCGGGGGUUGCAAGCCACACAGCUGUUGUAUGCUGUUGUGUGCUGGGUGUCGGUGUCGAUCUACUUCUUGCAUUUGGGCUAG